CUUCAGAUGAGGAUGAGAUGAAGAGGGUAAUUAUGUCUCAAGCGGUGUCAGCUUGUGUACAGGCUGUUGGGGAAUAUUGUCGCUACUACAUGUUCAAACAACCGGCGCGUCAUGGGGAUGAUGAGCGAGCGAAGUUCAUCAAUUCUAUUAUUCGGGCUAGCGAUGGAGAUUGUUUAGAUCAACUUAGGAUGAAUCGAGAUUCAUUUUUUGAACUAUGUACGCUGAUACGCGAGAAGACAAGACUCCGUGAUACUCGUAAUGUCAGUCUUGAAGAACAAGUAGUUAUUUUUCUACACACAUUGGGACACAAUGUUCGUAACCGGGUUUUAGGUCACAGAUUUAUUCGAUCAGGAGAGACUGUCAGUCGGCACUUUCACCGUGUUCUAACAGCAAUUGUAUCACUAUACCCCGAUUUAGUUAAAUCAGCCGGAACAGAGACGCCGUUGGAGAUCCAGACAAAUCUAAAUUGGUCUGCUUACUUUCAGGAUUGCGUUGGUGCAAUUGAUGGAACACACAUUCCUGCACAUGUUCUAGCGGUUGACCAGGCGAGUUUUCGCAAUCGUAAAGGGGUCCUCUCCCAAAAUGUCCUGGCAGCGUGUUCAUUCGAUAUGAAAUUUACAUAUGUAUUGGCCGGUUGGGAGGGUUCUGCUUCGGAUGCGAGGGUGCUACACAACGCAAUGACUCGAUCAGAUGAUCCCUUGAUUGUCCCAAACGGAAAAUAUUACGUUGUCGACGCUGGAUACGCUCAUUCACCUGGUUUCAUGGCUCCAUACCGGGGCCUUCGAUAUCACUUACAGGAGUAUCGAACCGGGAGAGCGCCUACAAACAUGAAGGAGCUGUUUAAUUAUCGACAUGCACAAUUGCGCAAUGCAAUCGAGCGUUGUUUUGGUGUUUUGAAAGGCAGAUUUCCCAUAUUGAAGAGCGCUAUGCAGUAUGAAUUUCAAACACAAGUCCAAAUUGUGAUAGCAUGUUGUGUCCUACACAAUUAUAUACGUACCGAAAAUGAGUCUCGACUGGACAGCGAUUUCGUUGGUAUAUCUGCAGCCGAUGGGGUGGCUAUCCCGACACCUGUAGAGGUAUCAACUAAUGAUGAGCGUCAAUGGUCCAUUCGAGUAACUCGGCGUGAAAAAGAUGCUUGGAAUCGAGUACGCGAUGACAUUGCAGCUAGAAUGUGGGCAGAUGCUCAGCACAAUAGUGAAAUGACAGACUCCUUUAAUGUUACAUCAACACCGACCCAAUCACCCAUAAGAACACCGCCGGUUCCCACUCGAAGUUCUCCGCGUGGGAAGACGGUGAAAUCUCUAGCGGAGCCUUUAUCUAGAGCCGCAAAGAUCAAAUGGACUACUGCUAUGGAUCAGAUUCUGUUCGACACAUUUAUCGAACAGGUUGCAUUAGGGCGUAGAGCUGAUAAUGGUUUCAAGCGGGAGGCAUACCAAAUUGCGGCUGAAGAAGUUACGAAGCAUACUGACGUAGCCGUCCAAUGGCAAAACGUGUCGAAUCGGUUGAGAUAUUAUAAAAGAGAGUAUAAUGCAGUGAAAGACAUGCUAGCAGUGAGUGGGUUUGGUUGGGACAAUGAGAGGAUGGUGGUCACGGCUCCGGAUGAAGUCUGGGAGGAGUAUCUUAGGUCUCACCCACGUGCCGAACGACUCCGUGGGAAACGCAUCGAAAGGAUGGAUGACCUUGCAGUAAUUUGCGGAUCUGACCAGGCCACCGGACGCUAUGUGCAAGGCAGUAGGAGUAUGGCUACAUCAGCAUCAUCUUCUCGUCUUCAGCGAGAUCUUAAUGAAUCAUGGAGAGAGGUUGAUGAUAUGGAUGAUACUAUUGACCUAUCAGAGGAUUAUGUAACAGACUCCACAGGGACCAUUCCAUUACCAUCGGACAGUCCUGUGAUGGGACAUCAUGACUCCCGCAGUACUCCCACUCACACUUCUGAUUCUGAUGUUAACCGAGGAGGGACAGGUACACGGAAACGUUCGCGUUUUCCUCGUCCCUGUGAUGUAUUGGGGACCUCUCUGCAGACCGUAGCCGACUCGAUGAUGAAAUUUGGGCUUGGCGAAGAGGUCAAUCGCACAAGCAAGGUUCUUGAUGUGCUAGAAGAGGUGAAAGGCCUGACCAGCUCUGAAUUUCUUGAAGUUGGUCGGAUCCUGAGUAAGGACAAGUCACUUGCGUCGUUCUUUGUCAGUCUCCGACCCGAGCGUCGAAUGGAGUGGUUAAAGAAAACACUCCGUGAUCACUUUGGUGAUGGAGGUGUUGGACCUAUCUGACAUUGAAUGAAUGGUUGUCUUAAUCUGUUUUUAAAACUGGGCAUGUAAUAACUUUCUACUGUUGGU